GUGUGUGUGUUUUGACCCACUUUAUCCACCAGGAUGGAGCCUCCCACAUUAAGCUGGGGCCAGGAAAUUGUGGUUGCCUAGCAAGUUCCACAUCCACGGUGCAAAGUUUGAAGACGUGUUGCUCGGUCGGUGUUUGUGCCAAUUGCAAACUCACAGAAAACUCAUCUCAAACACCUUUUUUUCGAGGUCCAGUUGGCAACAGAGACGGUGCAAGAUGUCCGUCGCUGGAUUUAAGAAGCAAUUUUACAAAGCGAGUCAGAUGGUGAGUGAGAAGGUUGGAGGCGCUGAGGGAACCAAACUAGAUGAAGACUUCAAGGACCUUGAACGGAGAGCAGAUAUUACCAGCAAAGCAGUGGUGGAAAUCAUUGGGAAAACAUCAGAGUACCUUCAGCCCAACCCAGCGACUAGAGCUAAGCUGUCCAUGCUCAACACUGUGUCUAAAAUCCGUGGGCAGGUGAACAGUCCAGGCUACCCCCAGUCUGAGGGCCUCCUAGGGGAGUGCAUGACAAAGUAUGGACGGGACAUGGGCGAGGACACCAACUUUGGUGGGGCUCUAGUAGACAUAGGAGAGUCAAUGAAGAGGAUGGCUGAGGUCAAGGACUCUCUGGAUAUUGAUGUGAAGCAGAACUUUAUUGACCCGCUGCAGGCAGUUGCUGACAAGGAUAUCAAAGACAUUCAGCACCACCUGAAGAAGAUGGAGGGCCGCCGUCUGGACUACGAUUAUAAAAAAAAACGUCAGGGGAAAAUCCCAGAUGAAGAGAUCAGACAGGCCCUGGAGAAGUUCCACGAGUCCAAAGAGCUGUCCGAGAGCUUCAUGCACAACCUCCUGGAAACUGAUGUGGAGCAGGUGAGUCAGCUGUCUUCUUUUGUGGAGUCUCUGGUGCAGUACCACAGACAGGCCUCACAGAUCCUGGAGGAGCUUUCUGACAAACUGAGAGAAAGGGUGAAUGAUGCUCAGUCCCAACCAAAGCGAGAAUAUGCACCUAAACCCAGGCCAUCAUUUGACUUUGGAGAGACACAACACUCCAACGGAGCCUACGCACCAGCUUCAGCGAGCCCUCCAUCUUACUCUCCUGGUGAGCCCUGCUGUAAAGCCCUGUAUGACUUUGAGCCAGAGAACGAGGGUGAGCUGGGCUUCCACGAGGGUGACAUCAUCACCUUGAUCACUCGAAUCGAUGAGAACUGGUUUGAGGGAUCCAUUCGUGGCAAAUCGGGAUACUUCCCCAAUAACUACGUUGAAGUGGUGGUGCCACUGUAACACUGAAAACAAAAGAGGCAAGAGGGAAUCAGCAGGAUGGAGAGGAUGAAAAGGGGGAGGAUAGAGGAUUAUCAAAACAUAUCUCUUCUUUAUUAUAAUUAAAAGGUUAACAUCUCAAGACAGGGACAUAAUUUUUUGUAUCACAGAGCUAUUUGAGUAAAGGGGACAUGUUUUUUUUUUGUUUUUUUUUAAAGUUUGUCAAGAUUUAAUGGAUUUUUUAAAAGUAAGGACAGAGAUAUUUAGUUAGAAAAAUGAUGGCGUGAUGUUUGGGUGCACUUACUAUAGUUCCUGUCUUUAUAUCAUUCUCUAUGCACCUGUGCACUUUGUACACUACACUUCCAUCACCGGGACUGAUGAAGAAAGGAUGGCAUGUAUGAUAACAUAUCCAACCUGAUCCACAAACACUAAGAAGUACACUACUUCCCUAUAUUCUGAACCUUUUUUAUAUUCAAAAUAUAUGAACACAUCCUUUCUACGUAUUGGUACUACAAACAAGCAUACAUACUCAUGCAUUCUUCUAAGCACCAUAUGUCUACACUCCCAGUUGUCACCCAGUUUCCUUCAGGCUCUAGUACUGUUGUAAUCAUGGACUCGUUGGCAGUCAACAUGGAGGACUGGCUGCUGU